UUAAUGUGUUCAUUUCACACUGGUGAAAACAAGACUACUCGGCAUCACAGACGUUGUUAAUAACUAUGCCAAAUACACCACAUCGAACAAGAUCUGGCCGCUGAUGGAGAAAUGUAAAUGGAUACCAUCUGUGCUUUAUGCGACGCACAACGCAGCUGGACCGAACGGUGUUCAUUCCAGUCUGAUACUUCAGCAUGGAAUAGCCAGCACGGCUUCUCUUGAAUCAAGCCUAUAACGUUAAUGUUAGCUGUCUACCCCCUUGCAAAUAACUAAAAAGCAAGCUUGAUUGCACCUCCAAUUGACCUUGUUUGUGCCUGUGUCAACUAUGGAGACAACUCAAGUGACUUUGGCAGUUAGGGGAGACACAUCCCCAGGUGAGGUGAUAGCCGUGGUUGGUAGCUGUGAAGCUUUAGGAGCCUGGUGCCAUCAGAGAGCUGUGACCCUACAACCUGCUGAACACGAUGGCACAUUGUGGAAGAGGAUCAUCAGUGUGCCCAGAGGUGCUGUGUCAACCUACCGCUAUUUCAAAGGCCACUUCCUGGAGUCAAAGAGUGCAGGUGGUCCCUGUCAGGUGAUAGUCACUAAGUGGGAGACCCACCAGCAGCCACGCCUGAUGAGCCCCACAGAAUCACACCUUGAUAUUGACAAUGGCCAAUUUGGAUUCCACAAUGGCUUAGAGUGUGUGGACUCUGGGUGGCUGACGUGCCAGACAGAGAUCCGUUUGCGUCUGCACUAUUCAAAGACGUCUCCUGUAUCCAUCACCAAGAAGAAAUAUAAGAAGUCUCGUUUCAGGAUCAAGCUGACACUGGAAGGUGUAGAAGAGGAGGAGGAGGAUGAUGAAGAGCAGGAGCAGAGCGCGGUAGCGUGGCACAAGAUGACCACCACGCUGGAGACCAGUAUGAUCAGUGGAGAUGGGUACAAGUCCCGCCACUCCCAGCCUGAGUGUGGUUAUGCCCUGGAGGCCUCACAGUGGACAGAGUACGUCAUCCACACCAUGGACCCUGACAACCUGGAACUCACCUUUGACUUCUUUGAGGAGGACAUGGGUGAGCAUGUGGUGGCAGGGGAUGCCCACCCGGGGACCGUGGGUACGGCCUGCCUUCUCUCCUCAUUCUUUGUGGAGAGUGGCAAGGACACGGGUGUGGUCACUCUGCCCAUCAUGAAACGCAACUCCAGACAGACCCUGGGCAAAGUCCGAGUGGACUACCUGGUGAUCCGUCCUAUCGAGGGACUACAGUGUGAAAUGAGCUCGUCCUUCACCAAGUACUGGAGGAAGAGGAGUGCCCCCCUGGACGUAGGCCACAGAGGGGCCGGCAGCACACACGCAGCCAAACAUACCAAAGUUAGGGAGAACACCAUUGCCUCGUUUAAAAGUGCUGCCAAUCAUGGGGCUGCCUAUGUAGAGUUUGACGUCCAUCUCUCCAAGGACUGCGUCCCCAUCGUGUACCACGAUCUCACCUGCUGCAUCUCCACUAAGAAGAAAGGAGACAAGCUCUCUCUGGACCUGUUUGAAGUUCCUGUCAAAGACCUCACAUACGACCAGCUACAGCAGCUCAAGUUGGGCCAUGCUUCUGCCUUGAAGGUGAACGACCACAAAGAUGAUGAUGAAGAGGAGGAGGUUGACGAGCAUCAGCCCUUCCCUUCCUUUUCCCAGAUAUUCCAAGCAGUGCCUGAAAAUGUGGGCUUCAACAUCGAGCUGAAGUGGGUUUGUCAGAUGAAGGAUGGUUCGUGGGAAGGAAACCUGUCCUCGUACUUCAACAUGAACCUGUUCCUGGACAUCAUACUGACCUGUGUGCUGCAGAGAGCUGGCAAGAGACGCAUCGUCUUCUCCUGCUUCGACCCUGACAUCUGCACUAUGGUUCGUCAGAAGCAGAACAAGUACCCAAUCCUGUUCCUGACCCAGGGCAUCUCUGAGAUCUACCCGGAGCUCAUGGACAUCCGCUGUCGCACCACACAGAUCGCCAUGAGCUUCGCACAGAGCGAAAACCUCCUGGGUAUUAGUGCCCACACUGAGGAGCUCCUUCAGAACCUGGAGCACAUCCGAGAGGCCCAGUCUAAAGGCCUGGUAGUGUUCUGCUGGGGAGACCUCAACAACGACCACGACAACAGGACCAAGCUACGGGAACAGGGCAUUGACGGACUCAUCUACGACAGAAUAUGUGAAAGCUGGUGGCCAAAUCAUGUCAUUGACUCUCACCCUACUGGUUCUUCUGAUGCCAUAGCUGAUCAUGUAAUGAUCUGUGACGACCAGGUCGAGCAGCCUAACAUCUUCAAAGUAGAGGAGCAGCACACGCUGCAGGAAACGCUCAAGAGCUUUGUGUGUUCCUGCUACACCAUCCCCUGCCAGGCGGCUCCUGUCUGCCCCUCCUCCACCUCCAAGAAGCACAAUGGCAGUGCAGAGUCUGACUCGGGCCUCAGCUCCUCCUGAACAACUCACUGCCCCCUAAGUUUGUCACUAGAUAGGACAGAAGCGUAAAUCCAUAUAGACAGAAUUGAUGAGUAAGUGUACACUACUGUGUUACAUAGGAGCCACACUAGGGAAGAGGGGAAAUUAUAAUUGUAUUAACCUGUUGUACUGGAAGUGUAACUUUUUGCCUGUGUGAGCAGAGCGCAAGCCACUUUAUCCUAAUGUUCUCAGGUGUGAGCUGCUUGUCAAUCUUUUAAGCUUGAGCAGCGCAAGCCUCUCGCAAAGCUACCGGGCUUACGCCUGGUUUCAUUGAAGUGAUUUGGAGCGUAUCACACUCUGAAAAAGUUGCGCGUCCGGUGUAGCGCCUAUGCUAGGGGUUAGGCGUUGUGUUGGUAAUCACAAUGUUGGUUUAAAAAACACUUCUAUCCUCUCUAGCAUGACCAGAAAGUGACAACCCUUACUGAACUGACCUCCACUCGGUCCACUGAAGCCAUACACAAGCUGUGUCCAGAUCAGUGUCCUCUUAGCUGUUUGCUUUAACUGGAAAAAGGAUGGUUUUGAAAAGGGAUGUUUUGCUAGAAAAGGCUUCUGGCAUUUGUUAUUUGGAUUUUAGUUCUAUACAGUUGAAUGACUGUGGGAUAUGCACCUCAGUCACAAUAAUAAUGGAAUUCCCUGUACAUUCACAGGUCUUCACUUACAAAUUAAUGCCUACUCAAGGAAUUUAUUUUCAAGUGCAUCUUUUAUUUAGCAAAUUUGCUAAAUACAAAUCAAACUAAAGUGCUGAAAUGAACUGUAUAUUAGCUUUUCCAGAUAUAAAGUUUAUUCUUGGAGUAUCAUAGGUUUAAUUUAAGCAUAUGCUGUAGUUUGAAGUCUUUAGGCAGAUAAUGAUUUGCAUCUGCGUUAUGAUUUUCCUCAUAUGAUAUAGCCAACAUUUUACAACAGCAGUGUUAUUUUUGUCACUCAUAUAAUUUUGAUAGGGAGUAUUGCAGUAGAACAAGAUAAUUCGGGACUGUGACCAAAACUUUCUCAGGUGGUUUUAAAUUCAAAUGUCCAUUUGAACUUAAACUCAUACAAUGUGAUUUGUAUUGGGAGUGCCCUGAGCUGUGCCAUUAAUGAAGUGUCAUUACUGGAUGACCAGAUUAUAAAGUGUUGCUGUGGGUGCCUAAAUCUGAACAGAUUAAUAAUAUCACUUUAAUGACCUGUUGAAUGACCAGUAGAAAAACAGUUUGUUUGUGCUCUCAACACCACCUUGAAUCUGUGAGCUCAAAAGUCACCAUUAGGGAAAGGUAUACACUCCUACAUAUUUAUUUGUACAGUGAAGCUAAAAUGUUUAGUGUUGUUUUGUACUCAAGCAUUUUGGAUUUGAGGAAAUGUUUGAGGCGACAGUUACACAUCUGUAACUUUUUCACUCGUCAUUAUUCACCAUUUAUUUGUGAUUAUCCAAAAAGUGUGGUAUUAAUAUAGAAGUGUUCAGAAACCUGUUCUAUUCUUAUUAACAAUAAAAAUAAAAAUAAAUGAGACUGAAUUCAUUUCUAAAUGGUAAAACAUGUAUUUAAAAUGCUCUCAAAUUAAAGGUGAUUACUGUCGCCUCAUUUAAAACAUUGGAUCCCAAAUGCUGGAGUACAGAGACAAAUUCAAAGUUUUAGCUUCAAUGUCCAAAUAAGUAGGGGAGUAUAGGUAGCCCUUUGUUAUGGCUAGGUCUAGUCCACACAACUCAAUCCCUAUCUCCCUUUGAUGAGAAGGGUUUUCUUAGUAGCUGUGCUUGCUCAACACACAAUAUAUGCCAUUUAGCAGAUUCUUUUUUUUUGUUGAGUGGUCCCGGGAAUCAAACCCACUAUCCUGCCGUUGCAAGCGCCAUGCUCUACCACCUGAACUACAGAGGACCACAUCAUCAGAAAGCCUUAAUGGAGAAGUUUUAUGAUUUCACUAGUCUGACUGCCACUUGUUUCAGUCUCUUCAUACCUCUGAUCAUUUCAUGUAAUAGAAGACCAAUAUUUGUCUUGCCUCCACUGAACAAAAGUUUUUUUUUUUUUUCCUUGCAAAGUUUUCCUGCACAUUGCAACUCACAUUUUUCCUACGUCCGUAUUUUGUUCUACAAUCUUUUAUUUAAAUGCACAUGGAAGACAUGUAACUGUCUAUUUUUCCUAAACGGUGUACAUGACAUGUAAACAUUUCACUUGAACACAGAGAAGCAAGCACAGCUUGCAUUGUUGUAGAAAUGUAUAGUCUGUCUGCUCGUUUGUCUGUUUUAAGUUAUAAAAGUAAGGCAAAAAAAAGUAUCUUAAUGUUUGACACUUUUACUGUAUGUAUGGCCUACUGUUAGUCAUAAUGCAUGCCCCUCAGACAGAGUGCUAUGGUGGACUGGGUGACUGGGUGAUUGUAUCCACGGUCACUCGUUCAUGUCACACCCCUGCUACUCUGUCUGGACAAUACAAUGCUAGCUAAAUGAAUUGAAAAAUUAAUAAAAUGAUUUAGAAACUUA